ACCUCGACCACUGAGGAGGAGGAGUGCAGGAGGAGUAGUUUCAGAGGAGGAGAGCAGCUUUUUUUAUGUUGCCAUGAUGAUUCGUGUCUGGAAGGAAAGAGGUUUAUCUCUGAUCAGAUUUCGGGUAACCUAAGGGCACACUUAACUAAUGGGAUCCUAUCGAUGUUUCUCCCCCCUCCGAGUCUGAUCUUUACACGGCGGAAUGUUAAUGUUGCCACAGCCUGUCCGUGUUGUCUUUGGCUGCUCUGGCUUUUAUUGUUGUAGUCGGUCUAUAAUGUCAUGGAGCUUUGACGGAUAUGAUUAUAAAACACCCGCAGUAAAGCAACACUCCUGUGACUGACUGGACUAUGGAAGUGAUCGGGUUUACUCUGCUGUAGAUGUGUGAGGAGAAGUGUGUGUCCCAUGUUGCAUUAGUGUCUGUGUGAAAUGCUGGCCUGUCUGCCAGGGCCAGGUGACCUCCCCCUCCAGCUUCUCCCCCACACGCAGAUGAACACUGGACAUCAGAAAUGGGACACCACACAAAGGAUGAGAUCCGCUCCGUUUCCAACCCCUGCAGAAUUGGACGCAUAUGCUAAGAAGGUUGCCAACAACCCCCUCACCAUCAAGAUCUUCCCCAACAGCGUCAAGGUCCCCCAGCGAAACCACGUGCGCCGAACUGUCAACGGGCUGGAUACGUCAGGCCAGCGCUACAGCCCUUAUCCCUCUUCUCAGGCCAGCGCCAAGGCAGGCCUCCUCGCCAUCAUCAAGGUGCCCACAGUCAAAGGCAUCCUUAAAGAUUUUGACGGCAGCCGGGCUCGAUUGCACCCUGAAGUCAUCAUGAACCCCCCCACCGGACCGUACCAAGUGGCUUCGACCAGCACUUUAAACCACCACCCACCUCUGCCAAACCUCACCCGGCUGCAGCAGAGCUUGCCGCUUCAACCACAGGACCCACCUCAGACUCUACAGAUGCCCCUUCCUCAGCAGCAGGGUCACACCCAGAGCCUCAGACAUCCUCCCCCCAUGGCCCAGCACCCUCAGGGCCCACCCAGACUCCAGACUCUGUCUCAGCACCCAGCCCUUGGCCACCCACAGGGGCCCCCUGCCAUCAUGCUUCAGCAGCAGCACCUUCAGCAGCAGCCACCACCUGGCCUGCAGGGGAGCAGGAAGCUGCCAGAUGGCGACGCACCGCCUAAUGUUACCGUCUCUACCUCAACCAUUCCACUCUCCAUGGCCGCUGGGCUGCACCAGGGCCGCCAAGCUGACCUGAGCACCAUUGUGCACCAGAUCAACCAGUUCUGCCAAGCUCGGGCCCAGGGUGCAGGAGCCACCUCCAUGUGCGAGGGCCAGAUCGCCAACCCCAGCCCCAUCAGUCGCAACCUGCUCAUCAGCGCUUGCUCCAGGGUGUCCAUGCACAGCAACCCCGCCACCCCCGGCUUUCCCCCACCCAACUGCAUCAUCGGCCCGCAAGAGAAAGCCACCGCCCCGGUGGGAGCUCACCCACCACACAGCGUGGCUAUUAUGAACCACUUGCCUUCCAACCACACUGAUCUCAAGCAGCAGCACCACCUGCAGCAGCAUCUGCACCAACAACAGAAUCAGCAGCAACAGCAGCUGCAACAUAACACACAGCAGCAGAAGAUGCGCUCUUGGAAUCAGCACCAGUUGGCUCAUGUACCCCACAUUCAGAACGGUGGGAGCAACCUCUGCAAGCAGCCUUCCAGGGACCCCGCCUUCCAUUUUAAGGGCAUGGGCUAUCCUGCAGAGGUGUGUGUGGGUCAGCCUUACACACUCAAACCUCCCGUAGAGAGGCCCACCCCCUCUCCCCCCGUCAACAACGGCAUGCCCGGCCCCAUGGCCCACUACACUAAUGGUCACUACUUCCAGUCCCACAUUUGGAACAGCAGCAUCCUCCCCACACCCAACAGUGACAGCUCCGGGUCUCAGGACAUAGCCAUGCCAUUCCACGGUGCGGGCCCAGGGGGGUGCACCACGCUAGACUGUGGGCCCCCUGGGGCUCCCCAUUACAGGCUAGGAGUGAGCUCCUCCACCUCAUCCUCCUCCUCCGCCCAGACUAAUCUGAUGCAAACGGCAGAUUACUUGGGUGGGGACUUCCAGACGCCCUACUUCCGCGAUCAGAAUCUAGGGUUGAUGGGCAAGAUGCACAGGCCUCCUCUGAGCAGGGGAGGUCCAGAGGUUGGGGAUGGCAGAACCGCUCUCAUCCAGCACCCAGGGUACAGAUAAGCUAUGGCCUUGUCUCCACAACAGUUAUCAAAACCCCUUUGUUUAGUCUUAAGAAAGGAAACACAUGAAUAAAACUAAAUUGAUAACUUAAACAAAUGACCGCUAAUGUUAAAGAGGGUAAAUUAAUAUAUUUAAUGAAGAACAGUAGGGUUUUUUUGUUCUUUUUUUAAUAAAUCUUGCAAGUGAUCAAUUGCUACUUUUAUUUUUGUUGAUGAGUGCUUUUACCUGGCACUUUAGGGAACUUUUUCAUGUGCGUGUGUAUACACAUCUGUACUCUGUGUGUGUGUGUGUGUGUGUGUGUGUGUGUGUGUGUUUCAUUCCCUCCUUCCUCUACUGUACUAUCUGUGUGCCUGGAUCUUAACAGAUCCUGUGUUAUUACUACUUCAGACCUACCAAUAACAUUUUCUUAUGCAUGUAAGAAAGAAGAAAUACAGAUAGAUCCCUCACUGAGAGACUGCAACAUCUACUGACAGAUGGUUUUUUUUUACAGGGUCAUGUCAGGAAUUUUUGGCUCAGACUAGUUUGGUGUUAACGCUCCAAUCUCAUUGUAACUUCAAGAGUAAACAAUCAUUUGAGGACAGAAGAGAGAGUAAUAAACCAGACAUGAACCAGACUUUGGAGACUACAACGUACAGCUAGAAAAGCUUGCCGUAUGCACAUGUACACAUUGGUUUUAUCCUUUUUAAUGUACUUAUUUAUUUGUAUAAUAGGACUGUUCAAGAUUGAUUCCUCUCUGUCAGUUAAAGGGUAAGUUUGGUCUGGGCCUGAUUUCUUGUGUUUUUGUGUCUAAGUGACGAAUGAGAACAGUCGUUUCUGAAAUUGGUCCAGUAUUGACCAAGAAAGCCGCAGCCGACAGCCGCAAAACAGGCUGCAGUGUAACCACUUGGGGUGUUCGCACCAUCAGUGCACAUCCACUAAAAGUGCUUGUUUUUGCCACUGACAGGCUCAGGUUAUUAUUUUAAGUGUCUAACAACAUUAUGGAAAGGAUCCCUGCAAAGAUAGAGGUUUUUGAUUAACCCAAAACAGCCCCGAAAUCAUCAUCACCAAACCCACCAGACUCCAUUUAAAAAAACAGUAAUUUAAGCAUGUAUAGAGUCAGUGUAUUUUCAUAUCUAACAAGGUGAAUUAAGGGUUUAUUUCAACCAAUCUAGACCUGGUGAUUGUUGGAACGGCGAAAAGACGAACCAAGACAGCUUUUGUAAGUUUUAUUUUGGUUCUGUCAACUUUGAAUAAGGUGAGUUUUACAACAAUAAAUUCAGUGUUUAUUUAAAUGGAGUCUGGUGGGUUUGACAAUGGCAAUUUCGGGGCAGUUACUGGUUUAACUAAAAGGAUCUUUCUCUUUAAGAUCUGUCUCAGUAGGGAUCCUUUCCAUAGUGUUGUCAGACACUUAGAAUAUUGCUGUAUUCAUGUGCUCCUCAAAUGGUCCCAUUUCCUGAGUUGGGAAGUAGUUCUUCCAACUUCGGCCUGUUCAUGACGUUUAAGUCAUAAUGGGGAAGAAACACAACAGAUAUGUUGAAUUUCAUUGCUCAGAUUGUUAAACGUCCCAGUGAAGAUUCAUGUUGCUUUAUCCAGACUUGUUGCUGCACCAGUACAUCGCCUAAACCUACUAAUAUAUUGCUUUACCUGACUGAUGGUAAUAAAUAACCUCUAGGUCAAUGUAUGUAGACAACUACAAAGUUACAACCUAAUAGGCUACCAUGUUACAAAUUAUAAUGUGAACAAAAAUUAAUCUGCAGUACACAAAUAAAUAAAAAGUUUCUUAACAUCAAACUAACACUUAAUGUUGACUGCCAUGUUUCUGCAUAAUAUGACAUCAACUCAGCAAGGCUUACUUUGCAAGUUGUUGUUCUGAGGAGGUGUUCAUGUGAAUUUUCCCAGGAGAGAACUAUUUCUUUAGAUUAUUUCGACACCACAUAAAUGCAGGAUAAUAACCUGAGCCUGUCAGUGGCAAAAACAAAAACAAAAACUUUUAUUGGACUUAAGUUGACGUGAACAUGCCCCAAGCGGUCACAUUGCAGCCUGUUAAGCAGCUGCAGCGCUCUCGCUCCAUACCAGGCCAAUUUUAAAAACUGUCGCCUCCAUUACUCACUUAGAAACAAAACACGGGGGAAAAGGGUCCAUGUUGAAAAACACCGAACAUACUUUUUUAAGGAAGCAUGUAAUCAGGUUGUUUGUACAUAGUCAAGAUCCAGCAGGGAGCAGGUUUGUUGAAAAGGUGAUGCUCUGUCCUGCGGAAAAUGCUGCAAUGAAUUCAGGUGAUUAAAAAAAAUAACUUUUGUGUCAGUGCCAGGAAGGUUUUGCUACAAGAUUGUGAAAUGUUUAGUGCAGAUAAAGUCAUGAAAGAUUAACCUAAAAAUGGCCAAAGUCAUGUAAACAAGGACACACUGUUAUGAAGAUGUGCCAUUUAAUGUUUGUUUCCUUUUCAGAUUUGUUUUUGUAACCAUGACAAAUGUAUUACUUGAAUGUUGAGAUUAUUUGUUUUGCAGUUAUUGAAGAAGGUUAGUUACGAGGACGAAACUCUGGAGCAGAAGAAAUAAUCUAAUGUCGCGUAGAGUCAAACUACGAGCCUCACCAGAGUUUUGAUCCUGACAGCAGGAACUUAAGUGAAUUAAGUUGUGUGUAGUUGCUACUGAUUCUGAUGUGAAGUCUGCUUGAAAAAAGACCAAAUUGAUCACUUGCAAGAUCACGUGGAGGUAAACAAAACUGACUUUUAAGUUUAAAGUGAAACAGCAAAUGCAUUGUUUAUUUUAUUGUACACUGGCUUACCUACUAGACUACUGUAACUUUAAAGUUUAACGAUUGUGUGUGAAUGUUGCCUGCUGAUGUGGGUAGAGUUAGGGUGUGUGUGUGUGUGUGUGUGUGUGUGUGAGGAAAAAGGGAGAGUGUGUGUGUGUGUGUGUGUGUGUGUGU